AUGGGGCCCAUGGCAGCUGUUCGUCCUGAGCGGACGGUCAUUGGGGGUUCGCUGGAGAUCUCCCGCAUGAUCAACGGUCUCUGGCAACGUGCUGAUGGCCAUGACAAGAAAAGCGAUAUUGCAGUCGCUGUGGAGGUCAUGGACAACUUAACUCAUCGCGGAUUAGAUACAUUUGAUAUGGCUGACCACUAUGGAGAUGCAGUCCUGGCACUGAUUCAUACUCAAAACAGAACUGGUUAUUGGAGAGCACAACACUACUCGACUUGGUGCGAGCACGGUAGCAUUCACCAAAUGGUGCCCAGCAGUGACUGGAGUCAAGACCUUGAAAAUGCUGAGGCCGCUGUCGACCUUGCGCUUCGCCGAAUGAACCAAAAAAAGAUUCAUCUUCUUCAGUAUGUCAUAGACCACGCCUGGGACUUUUCGGACGAUACGUAUCUACAUAACCUUGAUCAUCUGCGAAUACUCCAGGAAAGGGGCAAGAUUGGACUAAUCGGUCUGACAAAUACCGAUGCCGCCCAUCUGGAGCUCCUUCUGGAUUCUGGAUUUCCUAUAGCCACGAAUCAGAUCCCGACCAACGUAAUCGAUCGACGGCUGACCCGCGGGCGUAUGAACGAUCUCUGUCUGAAACACGACGUGGGUAUUCUUGCCUACGCGACAUUGCUGGGCGGUUUCCUCAGCGAAAAAUGGCUGAGAAAGUCUGAACCUGCCAGUAUGGACGAGCUCAAUUGGAGCUUGCGCAAGUAUCUCCGCUUUAUCUGGGCUGCCGGCGGCUGGGGCCCCUUUCAAGUCGUUCUUGAGGCAUUGAACACGGUAGCACAAAGGCACGGCGUAUCUAUCGCCGCUGUUGCGACUCGAUAUGUCCUUGACAUACCAUCUGUGAAGGCAGUAAUCGUUGGCUCUCGAUUAUCUGACGAUUCUGAGCAUUAUGUCGAAAGGAACCUAGAGGCAUUCCAGCUCAACUUGAGCAAGGAAGAUCUUCUAGUGAUACAAGAGGCGCAGGAGGGAUUGACAGACAUACCAAAUGAUUGUGGAGACGAGUACCGCAGGGCCCCUAUCCUCACUGCUGCCGGCGAUACGAGCCACCACUUUGAGGAAACGACCGCAGCAAAACCUACGAGAGGCAGUUGCUCAUGGCAAACGGGUAGAGUACUCGUCUGGAAGCAAGUGGGAGCCGAUCGCUGUAGGAAGAUACUUCACCCCUGGGUCCACAGCCGUGCUAAUGAGAUCGUUCAGGGCUACUGUAGAGCUGUUCGGGCAGGGAAUGUCAUCCGCAUCUCUGGCACCACUGCGAACUCUCCUAUACCUACCAUCCCAGCCAUUGGUGGAUGCUGUGCGCGAAGUCAGACCGUGCGCGUCUUAGACAUCAUCGAGAACGCCCUGAAAGCACUCGGGUCAUCCCUUUCUGACGUUGUGCGGACUCGCAUUAUGAUCCGGGAUGCCAGUGUCUGCGAAGAGGUUAGCCGAGCUCACGGCUGGGUAUUUCAGAUGGCCGGUGUCCGUCCCGCCAAUACUCUUGUAACUGCUGGUCUAGUAGGAGAUCACAUGCUCGUAGAGAUCGAGGCUGAGGCGGAGGUGGAAUGCGCCAUGGCAGGAGUUUACAGUAUUUGAAGUAGUGCUGUCUGUGGUAACAAUACUUCGAACAGCUGCGCCAUUGUGUAUCACCUAGAUCUACAAAUGGCAUGCGAGGACGAAAUCAAAAGUAUUGCCGUCCAAAACGUACCCCCGGCGGCUGGACGGCACGCGGGACCCGCCCUGUGAUCAAUGCCCAAACAUUUCUAAUAUGUCUUCUUAUCAAAGCCAAGAUACGGUCCAUACCCCUCUUGAAAAAUCUACCUGUGCAGCCAUGACUGGAAACGUGUCUGUGUGGCUCGAGGCAAACCAUUAAGACUUGUGCCACGGGCGCAUUGGGCUCAAGAGACAGUACAGGCGCCGCAAUCAGCCACA